UGUCUAUUGACUCAGGAGACGACACAAAGUUCAUGGAUGAAUCUUUUGCCAAAGGCCAUGGCAUACGACUCUUCCAUACGUCUGACACCCAUAAUGUUCAGGCUCUGGAUGGACACAGCAUGAACAGUUCCCAUUUGUUGACGGAAAGGAUUAACCUGACACUAGGUGGCAAUCAUCAGGAGGAGGUCUCAUUCAUGGUUAUUAACUCUCCUAAAUUACCCAUUGUUCCAGGAGCCUCGUGGCUCAAAAAACACAACCCCCAUAUUGAUUGGCAGGCCAACGAAAUUUUGGGCUGGGCUAGGACCUGCUCCGCCACCUGUUUGUUCUCAGCCAGUACUGACGUCAUCCCUGAUAACGCCAUAGAGGAAACGUAUCCAGACUUGUCCAAAGUGCCUCCUGAAUAUCAUGCUCUGAGGGAGGUUUUUAACAAGUCUUGGGCCACUGCACUCCCACCUCGCAGGCCCUAUGAUUGUUCCAUCGAGCUCCUUCCUGGCACGUGUCCCCCUAGAGGACGUCUCUAUUCUUUGUCUGGACCAGAGCAACAGGCCAUGAAGAAUUGUGUGGAGGAGUCCCUCAAAGCUGGGAUUAUUCUACCUUCUUCAUCUCCAGCCGGGGCUGUUUUCUUUUUUGUGGGGAAAAAGGACGGGUCUUUAAGACCUUGUAUUGACUACAGGGGCUUAAAUGACAUCACGGUCAAGAAUCGUUACACCCUCCCUCUCAUAAAUUCUGCCUUUGACCACAUACAAGGAGCCAAGAUUUUCACCAAAUUGAAUUUAAGAAAUGCUUACCAUUUAAUCCGUAUUAAGGAGGGAGAUGAAUGGAAGACUGCUUUUAACACCCCCACUGGUCAUUAUGAGUACCGAGUCAUGCCUUUUGGUUUGACCAAUGCUCCAGCUGUUUUCCAGUCUUUGGUGAAUGAUGUUCUGAGGGACAUGGUAGGGCAAUUUCUAUUCGUUUACCUUGAUGACAUCUUGAUCUACUCCCAAGAUUUAGACACCCAUAGGAGUCAUGUUCGAGCCGUUCUCCUCCGCCUUCUACAAAUCCAUCUGUUUGUCAAAGCGGAGAAGUGUGAAUUUCACACCACCACUACUUCGUAUCUCGGAUUCAUCAUCUCCCUCAACAAAGUACUCGUGGAUCCCUCCAAGGCAAAGGCUGUUGUGGAAUGGCCCUCUCCUACAGACCACAAGCAAUUGCAGAGAUUUCUGGGGUUUGCACAUUUCUACCGCCGCUUUAUUCGGAACUAUAGCCAGGUUGCAGCCCCUCUCAAUGCCCUCAUGUCUUCCAAAGUAAGAUUUGUCUGGAACGAGGUGGCCGAGAAAGCCUUUAUCAAGCUCAAGACCAUGUUUACUUCUGCUCCAGUUCUGCGGUCCCCCGACCCCGAGAGACAAUUUAUUGUAGAGGUUGAUGCCUCUAGCAUGGCGAUCGGUGCUGUCCUAAGCCAGAGGAGUCCUGAAGGUUGUGUUCACCCUUGUGCUUAUCUCAGGCGGAGCGCAAUUAUGAUGUGGGGAUUGAGAACUCCUGGCUGUCAAGAUGGCCCUAGAGGAGUGGAGGCAUUGGCUGGAGGGGGCCAAGGAACCAUUUCUCAUCUGGAAGGACCAUAAGAAUCUGGAGUACCUGAAGUCUGCAAAGCGCCUUAACCCCCGGCAGGCCAGGUGGGCUCUAUUUUUCGGACGGUUUAACUUCACACUGUCUUUCAGGCCCGGAACCAAGAACGGCAAACCAGAUGCCUUGUCCAGGAUGCAGGAGCCCUCUGAAUCUGUGACCAAUGGUGAGGAUGAGUUUAUUCUCCCGGAGUCCGUCAGGCUGUCCAUAACUAGGUUGGAGUUGGAAGGAGAGGUCAGGGAUGCUGCCAGGGAUCUUGUUUUGUCCCGGGACCGGUGUUUUGUCCCGGAGCGCCUCGUACCUAAGGUACUAGAGUUCCGCCAUAAUUCUCGUCUUGUUUGUCACCCCGGAAUCAGCAGGAUGCUUCGACUGGUCCUGGCCCAGUUCUGGUGGCCUUCUCUGACCAAAGACGUCAUGGAUUACGUCACCGCCUGUUCCCAAUGCUGCCAGGCCAAGUCGUCACGCCACCCAACCACUGGGUUGUUAUUGCCUUUGUUGAUCCCAUCUCGUCCCUGGUCUCACAUCGCCAUUGAUUAUGUGACACGUUUGCCUAUCUCUAAUGGUUUCACUGUCCUGCUAACUGUCGUUGAAAUAUUUUCCAAGGUGGUCCAUCUUAUUCCCCUCAAGAAGUUGCCCUCAGCUAAGGAGAUGGGGGCACAGGAGGUCUUCCGCCUCCAUGGGUUGCCUAAGGACAUAGUAUCCGACAGAGGACUACAGUUUGUUUCCCUUUUCUGGAAGGAAUUCUGCUCCAUGCUGGGGAAUUCCAUUAGUUUAUCCUCCAGAUUUCAUCCGCAGUCCGAUGGACAGACCGAAAGGGCAAAUCAGGAAGUGGAGACCAAACGUCGCGCUCUCUAUCAUAGCCAUGUCACCCUCACCUAGUCCUCUCACCACGCAUGUGCUGAACACUGCACUGGGUGUCCCAGGAUCAAACAUGACCCUCAGGCUUUAUCAACAACAACCCUUAACCACUGUUUGGCAUCGAAUAACCACUGGGACAACUAACGGCGAUGAGCGAUGUCCAGGGCUGAUCACACAAGAGCAGUUUAAACCUGGUGUGUACAAGUUGCACUUUGAGACUGGUCAGUACUGGGCCAGUAUGGGACAGACCUCCUUCUAUCCCUACGUGGAGAUAGUUUUCACUAUAUCUGACCUGGGUCAGAGGUAUCAUGUGCCGCUGCUUGUGAGUCGUUUCUCCUACAGCACGUACAGGGGGAGCUAGAGAGCAUCUGUGGCUAACUUGGAAUCUUCAAUUAAUUUAUCACUGCCUGACUAAUAUACAGCACUGGCUCAUCCACCAAGGACGCUCAUGGCGGCAUUCAGUGACAAAAGAAAUUUUUGUUUUGUUUUUUCCAAAAAGUUAGCAUAAUACAAUAAAAUGGAUAGCUUUAUGUAUUAUCAUUAAAAUAUACUGCAUAUUUACUCAUACUGGUGUAAAAUACAACAGUGUGAGUUCUGUUGGUGUUUAACUUUGAUAUUUAUUCUACUGUAUUAUUAACAUUUUAUAAUUAAUUUGCAAUGUAAAUGAUAAUUGACAUUGUUAAUUAUUUAUCAUUUUCAUGUGGAUAUAUAAUAUAUAUAUAUAUAUAAUGUAACAUAUGGCCCCAUGUUUACUUUAGACGAUUUCUUCACAAUGAAAAUACAUUGUUGCCAUUCAUAAACUUUAGUGUGGCGUAGUGUAAAGAUUAAUACAUUGCUUUCUAUGCAGCAUUUGAGGUAACACUGCAAGCAUUGUAGUUUUGUUAUUAACCAUUUUAUCAUA